GCGUGCGUGCGUGCGGGGGGCGGCCGGGCCUCCCCCGUGCUUCUGUAUUAUUAUUUUUUUAAUUUUAUUUUAAUUUUCCUCUUUAGGAAGGUUCAUGGUAUCUGGUGCUCUCCUUCUGCCCAAUACAAUAAAUCUGUUGAAGACAUUAGAUUUUUUAUUUUAUUAUUUUAUUAUUUUUUUUUUUUUCCAAAAAAAUAAAAAGCGGCUGCAACAAACACACACCCAGUGCAGUUAGAAGGAACAGGCCACCUCCAUCCAAUACAGACCGAAAAGGUGGAUGUGGACCACAAGUUACGAACCCAGACACACCUGGAAAAGGAGAACGAGAAGAAUUAAACCUAGAAAAGCCCAGCGGAGAUAAACGAAUGUCCCCACACCUCCAAAGGAAAGUUCAUCCAAUUUUUACUCUAGAGAUCUCAUCUUCAGGAUGUCAUUGAACACUUCCAGUACAGGAAAAGGUGUGGAUCCAAACACAGUUGACACUUACGACAGUGGCGAUGAUUGGGAAAUCGGUGUUGGGAAUUUAAUAAUCGAUCUGGACGCCGAUUUGGAGAAAGACAGACAGAAAUUUGAGAUGAAUAAUUCUACCAAUACCACCAGCAGCAGCAGCGCCAGCUCCAAGGAUUGUGGGGCUCUGGCUUCCAGUGGGGCUAAUACUACCUCAGCCUUAGCUGAUGGCCUAAAAUUUGCUUCUGUUCAGCCCUCCGCUCCCCAGGGGAAUUCCUCUCACAAAGAGACUAGUAAAUCAAAAGUGAAAAGGAGUAAAACUUCUAAGGAUGCUAAUAAAUCUCUGCCUUCUGCUGCCUUGUAUGGGAUUCCUGAGAUCAGCAGUGCUGGCAAGAGGCAGGAAGUCCAAGGGCGCCCUGGAGAGGCAACUGGCAUGAAUUCAGCACUGGGUCAAAGCGGGAGCGGUAACCCAAACGGCAAUAAUAACAGCACCAGCAGCACCACCGCCAUUGCCUCUUGUGGGAAAAACAAGGAGGAGAAACCAUGUAAAAACCAGGGCAGCCGAGGCGCCAAGCGGGAUAAGGAUGCGGGGAAGUCCCGGAAGGACAAGCAGCACGACCUGCAGCUCGCCCCCCCCAGCGGCCCCGGGGGCGGCGGCGGUGGCCAGGGCCCCCCCGGGCACCUCUAUGGCUACGGGUCCAAGGGCGGCGGGGGGAGCGGCAGCCCCUUCCACUGCACCGCCGCUGCAGCCGCCGGGGAAGUUAGCAAAGGUACCCCGGAUUCAGGGUUGAUGGGGAACUCUAUUUUGGUAAAAAAGGAAGAGGAGGAGGAGGAGAGCCACAGGCGAGUCAAGAAACUGAAGACAGAAAAGGUAGGACAAAGCCCCUGUCCUCUGCAUCCCCCUGUCUGUGACGGCUUGCUUCGUGGUACACCUCUGUCCUCCCCCCCACCGACGGCGAGGUGCCCCGCAGCCCGACCCGCUCACGGCGGCACGCACCCGCCUUCCCGCACCCCACGCAGCUGCGGGUGUUCGCGGGCCGUCCCGCAGCGCCGCCGGGAGGCGUCGGCGGGGACGCGGGCUCCUUCCGUGGGGGACGAGGGGCGCCGACGGCUCGGCGUGCGCGGCGCGACGGGCCCCGACGUGCGGGGCGUGCGGCGGCGGGCGGGGCCUCCGGGCCUCCCGAGGGCGGGGGGUUGGUGGGGGGUGGGGGGCGCGGAGCUCUGUUAUUCCUGCGGGUCGGGCCGCCGGUGUGCCGAGCGGUGA